AUGUCCACGUACAAUCACGAGGGGGAUGAUCCUCCUCACGCGCAGGCACGGCGCAGCAACAACGACAACCAGGCAUUGACCCGCCAGAACCAAGACACGCGCGCCUCGUAUGAGCACUUGCACCCGUCGUACAAUCCGAGCCCGUACGCGUCGUUGGAGAGGACGCCGACUCCAGUGCUCAACUCAAGUCAGUCUCAGAUGCUACAGGGUCAGGUCUUCAACCCGGUGCAGGUCCAGAUGAUGCUACCCACAGAGGGCAACGACAGCCUAUCACCCGGCUUCGGCAUGAUGCCCCAGUCUCAACCUGGUGGCUUCAAUUCCAACACCUUCGGCGUUCCCUCCAACGUCGACGCGAACAACUACCUCCGCACCCUCCACGGUCCGAACACGUACCAGCAGACAUAUGAGAAUCUGGCUGCGAGCAAAUGGGUGCAGCAGCAAGAGCGUCAGCGCAGGGUCCAGGCACUCUUUGAAGCCCAGUUCAAGCCAUCGGCAGUUAACUUCAACCCGUUCCAGCCCCGCAACCCCCAGGUUGGCGGGGUGUCUCAAAGCCAGAGCAGCAGCGUAGUUACUUCUCCGAGCAGUGGUAUUCCUCCGAAGUCCACGCCCGGCAAACUCUCCCCUUUGUUGUCGGAGCGGAUCAAGGACAACUCCAGGCCCUCCCCUGGCCUCGCCCCGCAUGCUGCACAGCAUGGCUACGUCUACAAGUCGCCGUAUAGCAACAAUAUCGCAAUGCAUAGUCGCGCUGCUUUCGAGGGCCCCGGCGGCGCCUUAAGCCGCAACGUCAACGCGUCUUUCGACACCAGCGUUGUCGACUUGACCCGUCCCGACGAUUCUCCUACCUGGAAAGUCAUGGAGGACAUCAAGAUGAUUAACGCCGCACGGAAGCGUGAAAAGGAAAAGCACAUGUUCCAGGACUGCAACGACGAGGACGACGACGAUGUCGACAUGGCCCAAGCCACCUCCGACGAGGACAAGCCCACGCCAGCCCAGCACCGCUCCAACGAGGACACUUCCACCACGGUUCCGCCCUUCCCCAUUUCCAACAUUGUCACGACGCUCCCCGGCAGCCAGCCCGUCCAAGCCACCACCAACGAUUCCGCUGACCCCGUCCCCGGCCACGACGCCACCACUGAGGCCGACUCCGACACCGACACCGACAUCGACGAUGCCACCACCGUCCGCGACCCCUCCCCCGACCUGGUCAUCCGCCGUGCCGGCCCUCCCUCUCCUCCUGGUCGCUACCCGCUGCCCACGAACAGGGAGAUCAGGCGCGCCUCGAGGUACGUCCUGUGGACGCAGCGCGAGAGCGCCGCCAUGGCCCACGUCAUGGACUGGGCCCGCGUCGUGUUCGGAGGCGCCCCGCUCGACGACGCCCGCUGGGAACUCCUCUCCAAGCGCCUCACCACGCACUACAACAUCCUCCGCCCCGCCGCCGUCAUCCGCGAGCGCUGGGAGAAGUUCCUGCGGGAGGACUACCAGCACGGUGUCAAGUUCAUGCCGUACCCCGAGUUCUUGAGGAACUUGAAGCGGAAGUGGGAGACGAUGAGGCGGGAGAACGAGGACAACGAGGACCAAGACAUCUCGUACAACGGCAUCGCCGCCACCGGUGACAAGCGCAAGCGUCUCGACUCGCUGUCCACCUCCUUCGCCGACGACGACACCGACACCGACGACGACGACGAAAGCUCCGGCCCCUCGACCCCAUCCCCCUUCCACGUCUUCCCCGCCAACCCCAACGCGCCCGCCCCCUCCUCGCCGCAGACCUUCCCCCGUCCCGCCAGCAAGCUGCGCCGCGUCACCCUCGCCGAGGACCUUAGCUCGUCGUUCUCCGCUGUCACCACCAAGCAGAAGCCAAAGCGCAAGAAAGCGCCCAGCAAGCACGUCGUCGCCCUCGCCCGCGCGCAGUUCUCCCUCCCGCACGCCUUCAGCGCCGCCCGUGACGCCGUCGCCCACCUGCGCACCGCGUCGGCGCAUAGCGUGCGCGGCGGCUCGUUUGACAGCCCUGGCACGUUUGCCCUCGGCUCGUUUGAGGGUGCUGGUGAUCCGAAGGACGUCAUGCGGCUCCGUGUUGUGGGGCAGAAGGUGUUGGAUACUUUUGCGGCGAAGACGGGGGGCGCGCUGCCGGGCAAUGCGAAGGAGAUUCUGAGGAAGGCGGUGGGCGAGUUUGUGGGGGUGAUGGGGAGGGAGAGGGAGAAGAGCGGUGGUGGUGGUGCGGACGACGGCAUGUCUGUGGAGGAGAUGGAUGUUGAUGCUGAGGAUGAGGCUGACAUGGGCGAGAUGCGUGAGCAGUGGGAGGCGCUGAAGGAGAGGUUGGAGGCGCAGUGUGUUGGUGUUGGCGUCAGCUUUGUGUGCAAGGAGCAGGAAGACUACUCCGACGACGAGGAAGAAUAUGGUGCAGUUGAUGAUGGAGAGGUGGGUGACAAGCCUGGUGCAGAGGCUGAUGGAGCCGCUGUUGAAGAGGUUGUCGGCGAGGCUGGUGGAGAGCCUGGUGAAGAGGGCGAUGAUUCUUCGGCUCUUGUUUGA